CAAAAUGUGAAAAUCCUGGCUCCAUUGUCAAAUUGUCAAUCACUCACAAACACUACAUAACGUUCCUCAGAAUUCCACGCCUCUAAGCAAGUAAAGCAACCCAUACGAUUAGUGUAAAUCCCCACCCAAGUCGCUCCCACGUUCUUUUCUUCCCUAGUUUCUCGGUCUUUCGCUAACAAUUUCCCUCAUUAGGUUGGAUUUCAACCUCCCUCGAUCGCAUUCCAGGCAACCAUUUUGGGAUUCAGCUUGAUUUUACGGGUGGUAAGUCCAUCUCGUGGAUGAAAUUUUCAACGUGGGAAUCACAGUGUGCAUGAACUCCCUCUGUUUUUGCUUCAGACUGAAAUAAAGUGAUUCAUGGAUUUGAGUCAAGUCUGCCCUGAAUUAAUACCCACUCUGGUUCGGUGAACAUGGGUGGUUCAUCUAAUUUGGUUUUCAAGAGAAAGAUGUCUCCCUUUUCUGGGUCUUUCUCAGUUUUUGUCGCCUCCAUUUUGCAUACUCUGUUCAGGUUUUUCAGCUCAAUCUUUGUCAGGUUUGACGAAGAACAGAGUUCUUUGGUGAAUGAGUCGUAUUCUUUUAUUGAGCGAGCAGCUAUGCCCCAACAAGUUGAGUCUGAGGUUCCAAAAAGUGAUGAUGAUUCAGAGUACUAUGAUGUUGAAGAUGAAAAGGAGACGCCGGAGCCAAGCUUUGUGUUCAAAUUUGAGUAUCAGACUAAAGCUAUAUUAGAAGCAAUGGAGAAAGUGAAUGCUUAUGGUCAUUCUUCUAUUGUCAACAAAGAGAAUGAGUUGCUGCCUGAGAAACUUAGCAGCAGAAGGUACGCUUUUCAAGCUGAGAAGCAUGUUAGUUUCUUUGAGGAAGAACCAAAAGUUGCAAGCUUUGUUGUCAGAGAAGCAUCUGCUGAUAACUCAAACUGUGGUUCCAUGGUAAUUGAAAACGACUGUGUGAAGCAAUUGGUUACAGAGGCAUGUGUUCAUGAGGAAGAAGAACAAUCAAAAGUUGCAAGCUUUGUUGUUAAAGAAGAAUCCGCUGAUAACUCAAAUUUUGCUUCAAUUGUAGCUGAAGAUGAGGGUGUUCAGAAUUUGAUUACUGAAGAAUGUGUUCGUGGAAAAAUUCAUAUUCCUCAGGAUCCAGAGAAGAAACUAGUUGGGGAAGAGUUUCAUUUGGAUACAGAAGAAAAGUCUCCUGAACAUGAUUCUGUGGAUGAGAAAGUGGCUUCUCACGAAGAUAAGUUUCUGCACAGAAAAGAAUAUGUUGUAGUAGAAUCUUCUUCUGAUUAUUCGAGUUCUCUUUGUUCAAGCCCCGAGCUUUCGAUAUUGGGUCGAUUUAGUGGUGAUGGAUUUUUGUCAGAAACAGAGUUUGGGGAAAGGGUUGAAUUUGGUGCUUUGGAAGAUAUUGAUUUGCAGAGUUUGGAUGUUGGGUAUGAGCCUGAUGGAUUUGAUGAAGAAGAUGAAGAUAUAAUGGAGCAACUCGAAUAGCUAGAAGAGUCAACUAGGAAUGAGGAACAUCAUAAGCUUCGUAACCCAAAAGUGGCCAAACCUGAAGGGUUUACUGCCACAGAUGAAAAGCCUAAUGAGGAUUUACAAAAUUCUGAAAAGGUCAGAAGUCAAGUUUCGGCAGCUAAUGAUUCUGAGGAUCCAAACACAUUGGAGACAUUGUGGGAACAUCAAGAAUUGAUAGAACAGUUGAAAAUGGAGCUUAAGAAAGUCAGAGGUUCUGGUCUGCCUACUAUCUUUGAAGAAUCCGAGUCUCCGAGUAUGGAUGAUUUGAAACCAUGGAAGAUUGAUGAAAAAUACCAUCAUGGAGAUCGAAUGAGUGUUCUUCACAAGUUCUACAAGAGUUACAGAGAACGAAUGCGAAAAUUCGACAUUUUGAGUUACCAGAAGUUAUAUGCAAUAGGAUUUUUGCAGUCCAAGGACACACUAGAAACCUUUUCGAGCUGCAAGUCCUCAACUCCAGCAAUCAAAUCAUUUCUUUUGCAGAACUUUGGGCUAUGCAGACCGAAGAAAAAUUCUGAUUCUGACCCACUGGUUAAGUUCGUUAGAGAAUUGCAUAGUGAAUUGGAAGUAGUAUAUGUUGGACAGUUGUGCCUUUCUUGGGAAUUCCUUCAAUGGCAAUAUGAGAAGGUAUUGGAGCUUUGGGAAUUUGAUGAAUAUGGUUUACGUUCGUAUAAUGAAGUUGCAGAGGAAUUUCAACAGUUUCAAGUGCUCAUGCAAAGAUUUGUUGAGAACGAACGGUUUCAAGGGCCAAGGGUUGAAAAUUAUGUAAGAAAUAGAUGUGUUAUGCGAAAUCUUAUGCAAAUUCCAGUGAUCAGAGAAGACAGUUUGAAGGAAAAAAAGAAAGCCAAGAGAGAAGGUAAAGACAUUGAUGAUGCAAUUGGAUGUGAUAUUCUAGUAGAGAUUUUGCAGGAAUCCAUAAGGACUUUGUGGCGAUUCAUAAGAGCUGAUAAAUCUGCCAAUACAACGGAUGCUUGUCGAAAAAGAUCAAAGUUGGAACUUGAAGAUUCCUUGGAUCCAAAGCUAUUACAGGAAGUUCAAGCAGAUCUUCAAAAGAAAGAGAGGAAGCUUAAAGAGCUGUUGAAGAGUGAGAACUGCAUACUGAAGAGAUUUAAAAAGCACCAGGAGGAAGAAGAGAGCGCAGAACACCUUUACUUUUUUUGUCAAGUUGACAUCAGAUUAGUGUCCAGGGUUCUAAACAUGUCGAGCAUAACAACUGAUCAACUAGUCUGGUGUCACAAUAAGCUAAGCAGGAUACAGGUUGUGAACCGAAGAAUUCGUGUAGAUCCUUCUUUCUUACUAUUUCCAAGUUAGUGAAAUUAGUCUUUUUUGUCUCGGCAGAAAGUCACUUUAGCAUUUCCAAAGCACAUAAUCAUCUUAUUGAGUCCUCAAACAUCAUCAUGGUUCACAGAAAAGAAGACUAUAGGAUCAGAUAAUCAUAGACAUAUCCUUCCAAAGGAAAAUAACUUAAGAAACUGGAAAUAGUGUACUCUGAAGACUAGAGGAUGUCCAUUAGUUGGAUCAUGCAUUAUUCCAAG